AUGAUUUACCUUAAAACAUUAUUAAAUGUGAUAGAUAAUAGUGGUGCUCAAGUAGUUGAAUGUAUAAAAGUACUUCGUCAUAAACCAAAAUCAUUUGGUAAAAUAGGUGAUCAAAUAACAUGUGUUGUAAAACAAGCAAGACCACAAUUAGAUUCAUUUCAAAAUACUCAAUCAAAUAAAGUUAAACGAAGAGAUAUUGUUAGAGGAGUAAUAGUUAGACAAAAAGCACCAUUUAGAAGAAAAGAUGGAAGUGUUGUAAGAUUUGAUGAUAAUGCAGUUGUAUUAAUUAAUAAAAACGGUGAUCCAUUGGGGACUAGAAUAUCAUCAGUUGUAGCUAAAGAAUUGAAAGAAUUAAAUUAUAAUAAAAUAGUAUCAUUGGCUCCAAAGACAUUUUAA